AGUUCAUUGUUGAACCUUUUCAACGAAUACUAUGGCUGCCUAAUCGGGAUGACUUUAUUGUCAAGCCCCACCAGGAGUUGUCCUACCCAUCGGAACGGUCGCGGCUCACCUGAUGUAGUCCCACAUGUAUCCGCUAUUGCUAGCUUGCUUAUUGUUUACGUGUCAAUGCAGUCUCUGGGACAGCGGACUUGGUUCCUGUGGCCGAAAUGUAUAUAAGUCUCCCGAAAUUACGACUUCUAACAGCUCAACCAACUUUUGCCUCUCGUCCAUCAGCAGUUCAUCCAACUGCUCUCUUUACCUUCUACUCGUAAAAGUCACACCCUCGUCCUUUUUACAUCCCAAAAGUGCAAUGGACUCAUUUUCAGACAUCCUCGCUAUGUUGUCCGCUUCAAAGACCGAUGACGAUAAGAGCAGUUCUGCAUCGUCGACACCAGUAGAGGAGGAGUCUCAAUCAAGCUCUGGCGGUUGUUACUGUGUCAUCGCAUGAACGUGAUGCAUACCGUCUCAUUCAAAUACAAACCUCCAGACACUGCCCCUUGAUAACUAGGACAGUGCCAGACUCUGUAGUGUUUAAACUACAGCAGAGUUUAUUGGGCGACACUCUUCAGUUUACUUAUUACAAACACUUCGUUUAGCAUGUUUCGACAUUUUGUUCAUUAUUUUUAUCCUAUUAUUCGCUGGGUUCUUCGGAAUUGUUUUG